CUGUGCUGACGUUGGCAGCCGAACCCGAAGUAGUUCGAGGCGGCUGGCUGCACCGUCCGGUUGUUGUGUUGCGUUUCCUUCCUCUUUCACUCCACGCUCCCGGCAGCGGCGCGAGGGCGUCUCGGCGGCCUGCUUUCUCCCUCCCGCGCACCCUCCUACCUCGGCUGGUCAGGCGUCGUCCAUCAGUCGGCGGCCCGCGCCCCGCUAGCGCUCGCUCCCCGCGCUCGCCGCGCCCAGGCCCAUCGGCUGUACUAGCGCCCGGCCUGAGAGCCUCCGCGCCCCGGCAGCGCGGGCACCUGGAGCCGAGCCUCGAAGCGGCUCGAGAGGAGGCGAGUGUGAGUGGUGGCCGGGGCAGGUGGUGGCGCCGCGAACAUGGUCGCCAAACAGCGGAUCCGUAUGGCCAACGAGAAGCACAGCAAGAACAUCACCCAGCGCGGCAACGUCGCCAAGACCUCGAGAAAUGCUCCCGAAGAGAAAGCAUCUGUAGGACCCUGGUUAUUGGCUCUCUUCAUUUUUGUUGUUUGUGGCUCUGCAAUUUUCCAGAUUAUUCAAAGUAUCAGGAUGGGCAUGUGAAGUGACUGACCUUAAGAUGUUUCCAUUCUCCUGUGAAUUUUAACUUGAACUCAUUCCUGAUGUUUGAUACCCUGGUUAAAAACAAUUCAGUAAAGCAUCCUUCCUCAGAAUGACUUUCCUAUCCUUCAUGUGUCAUUCCAAGGUUUCUUCACAAGUCAUUCCAAGUUUUCUAGUCCAUACCACAGUGCCUUGCAAAACACCACAUGAAUAAAGCAAUAAAAUUUGAUUGUUAAG